CUAGAAUAGAAGGUAUUCAUCGUCUCCGUGAGCGAGUUAAAAUUGAAAGAACCAAAGGCAGCAAAAAUGGCGUCAAGAGGAGAAGUACUGUCUUUAUGCCGAUCACUACUCCGCACAGCUCGCCAGUUCUCCGAUUACAACAUCAGAGAAUACUCUAAGCGCCGCACAAUCGACGCGUUUCGCGGUAAUCGGAACUUAACCGACCCUUCUUCUAUCUCCGCCGCUUUCUCCGACGGAAAAUCUCAGCUUGAUGUCGCCAAAAGACAGGCCGUUGUCUAUUCUCUUUACGCUCCCAAAAUUAAGAGCAUCAUGGAAACAUGAUUGAGCUUUCGCCAAUUAUUAGGUUUGUUUUGGUCUUUUAGGGUUUAUCUGUUGUCACUAUAAUUUUUGUAUUUCGAGUAACUGAGUGAUUUAUGUUGUUUGAUCAUUUUAAUAUAGUGGAAAAAUUGAACGAUAAAUAUUUUUCUUUAAAUAACCGGUUGCAGUUGAUUAUUUAUCGAGUUAAUUGCUAUGCUCUUGUGUU